AAACAUAAAACAUUUACAUAAUGUUACUAUUUAUGGCACAUGCUCUGUGACUUCAGGCUCUACACUUUUAAAGAAUGCUGCACUUCCUUCUACUCGGAAAUUCCAGUCAAGCAGCAAGAAAGGGAACGCCCAUGUGGAGGGUUCACGGGGGCCUCAAAUCCAGAUGAAAUAAGGAUUGUUCUAGUCGGGAAGACCGGAGUGGGGAAGAGUGCCGCAGGGAACACCCUCCUGGGGAGAGAGGCGUUUGAGUCUGAGUUGUCUCCAUCUUCCAUGACUUCUGAAUGCCAGAAAGCUAAAGGGGUUGUUGCAGGUAAAAAGGUCGCCGUCAUCGACACUCCAGGGCUGUUUGACACUAAUUUCACCGAAGAAGAAGUGUUGAAGAAGAUCAAAAUGUGCAUCUCACUGUCUGCUCCUGGUCCUCACGCUUUCCUGGUGGUUCUCCAGCUGGGCAGGUUCACCAAGGAGGAGAAGGAAACCGUCAAGAUGAUUCAGACCACUUUUGGUGAAGAUGCAGCCCAAUACACAAUGGUGCUGUUCACACAUGGAGACCAGCUGAGGAAGCAAACCAUCGAGGGUUAUAUUUCAGAGAGUCCCGAACUGCAGACCAUCAUUCAGAACUGCAACUACCAAUACCACGUCUUCAACAACGAAAUCAAAGACCCUAAACAAACCAGUAAGCUCCUGGACAAAAUUGACAAGAUGAAUAUGAAUAAUGGUGGCAGCUACUACACCAAUGAAAUGUUCAUGAAGGCAGAGUCAGCCAUAGAGAAGGAAAAACAGCGAAUCCUGAAGGAGAUGGAAACAAAGAGAGAGAAAGAACUGGAUGAACUGAGAAAAAAAUAUGUGGCAGAAACCUACCGCAAGGAGGAGAAACGGCUGUAUAAAAGAUACGACCGUGAGGCCAGAGCUCAGGCUGAGAGAUCCAAUGACUUUGUGGGUGCUCCGGUGAUAGCUGCAGGGGCAGCCUGCGGUGCUGCCGUUGGAGGUCUGCUUGGAGUGGCAGGAGGUCCGAUCGGUAUAGCAGUUGGAGUUGCAGCUGGAGCAGCUGUUGGAGCUGCCAUCGGUGCCAUAUCAGUGAGAGUUUCAGGGAAUUGCCAUGUGCAAUAAGAACUGUAGAGCCAAUUAUAAUCUUUUUUAUAUAUUUGAUUUAUUUCCAGGAAAAAGCUUGAGUUUACUACAAUCAGCAAUUGCUUCUUGGUUAACUCUUUGCACAUAUGAUUUGCACUGAAUAUGACUCAUAAU